AUGAUCAUAGUUUUGACAACAUUUGCAUAUUUUGUUUACAUUCUUUAUCAAUAUUUUACCAACUAAAUAGAACCAUAUUUUAGAAAUUAAAGCUUCAUUACUGAAAAUACCAUUGAAAUUGACCUAAAUACUGAUUUGGUGGGAUAUUAGUUUGUUUAUGGGACACAACCUAACUUUAAUAAGACUUACAUUUCAUUUUUAGCCUAUUAUCAUUUAAAAAUAGAAAAUAACUUGACAAUGAUACCUCUAAAUAUAAUUAAUUUCACCAACCCAAGUUUAGAAGGCUUUUAAUGCUUAGAUUUCUCUACUUUAAACAAUUAUUAGCUGACUCUUAAUACGAAAUAGAAUAUUUAAUCUGCUUUGUGGAUAUUUACUUAUAGAUGCAUUGACUAGGACACUCAAAAGACUUCUAUUUCUGAUAAUUGUGCUAACGAAACUGACAUAGACAACAUAAAUAAUGAUAAAAACUCAAUAAUAAGAUUAAAGCUAUUCACUUCUCAGUAUAACACUAGUUCUUAAUAAAUGUAGGCAAACUAUAGAAAUACUUACAUAAAUCCUGUAUCAACCUUAUAAAUUUUAACAUAGAUAAAAUCAGAAAAACAAGUUACAUCUAUCAAACAAGGAGCUAUUGUUUAAGACUAAAAGUCUUUCUCUUCUCCAAUUUCUUAUAGCUAGUAGGAUUAGCCUACAGAUAGAGUGCAAUCUGAGGAGCAAGUAGGAGUUGGAAGCAUAAGCAGUAUUUUUAUCUAUCUUGAUGAAAUUGUAUAGAAUACUCAAAUCUAAUUUUUAGCUCUUCCUUAAAUAUUAGCUUCUAUUUACAGUGUUUUUACUCUCUUAAUGUUCUUAGGAGUAUUUGGAAGGUAAAUCUCAAGCUCACUUCUUAAUAAUGAUUUGCUGCAUAUUUUCUUGAAAAACAUUAUAUAUUAGAUAGCCAGAGACCUGACUCAACCUCCAAUUUUUUGA